GUCUCAUCAGUCCUUCGUGCCUCCUUCCCACGUCCUUUGAUCUGUUAAAUAUUUCUAAUUGUUUUGUUUCUCCUUCAACAACUGCACCGGGAUAUUGGCAGAAAUCUAGAUGGCUUCUUGCUCAUCGUUGGUGCUUGUAGCUGUUAUUCUACUUCUUAGCACUAAUACUCGUGGAGUUUUCAGUAGCUACGGAGAGAAGGAAGUCCUUUCUCUGAAAAAGCUUCAAUGGUCACAGAGAAGUAGCAAAACAAGUUUUUUAUCGCAAAAAUCAAGAACGGAGAAUGGUGCAACUAUUUUGGAAAUGAGGCACAGAGAUUGCUUCUCUGGAAUCAUAUCUGACUGGAAUCAGAGGCUCCAAAAUUGGCUACAGGCCGAUAGAAUUCGAGUCAAGUCAAUACAAGCUCAAAUUAAAAUCUUGGCUUCCGGCAAAACUGAAGCCCACUCCCAAACUCGGAUUCCCAUUGCUUCUGGUGUAAAUCUGCAUACCCUAAACUAUAUCGUGCCUGUGACAGUAGGUGGCAGAAAUAUGACAGUAAUUGUUGAUACAGGCAGUGAUCUGACAUGGGUUCAAUGCCAACCUUGCAAAUUAUGUUAUAAUCAACCCGAACCUAUAUUUGACCCCUCAUUAUCAUCUUCAUACCAUUCAAUUCCUUGCAAGUCAUCAGCCUGUCAGUCUUUGCAAUUUGCCACAGGCAAUUCAGGACUCUGCGGAGGUGAUGCAGGAACAUGCAAGUAUGAUGUGAGCUAUGGUGAUGGAUCUUAUACUCGAGGCGUUCUGGGCAGCGACCGCCUAAUACUUGGAACCAUCCCUGUUGAGAACUUUGUAUUUGGCUGUGGAAGAAACAACAGAGGCCUCUUUGGGGCUGCUUCAGGUCUAAUGGGGCUGGGAAGGAGCGAUCUUUCCCUGAUUUCUCAAACUUCUGAUGUAUUUGGAGGUGUUUUCUCCUACUGUUUACCUACAACUGAUGUUGGUUCUUCUGGUUCGCUAAUAUUAGGUGGUGAUGCUUCAGUUUACAAGAAUUCUACACCGUUUUCGUAUACUAGAAUGGUUCCAAAUCCACAGCUGGUGACAUUCUACUUUCUCAAUCUCACUGGAAUUACUGUUGGCGGGGUUGCUACACAAGCUCCAAGUUUUGGUAAAGCUGGGAUUCUUAUUGAUUCAGGGACAGUUAUUACGAGGUUGCCUCCAUCAAUUUAUGAGGCUGUGAAGACCGAAUUCUUGAAACAAUUUUCAGGGUACCCUACAGCACCAAGCUUUUCAAUCUUGGACACUUGCUUUAAUCUUUCUUCAUAUGAUGAAGUAGAUGUUCCCACGGUUAAAAUGCAGUUUGAGGGUGAUGCUGAGCUCACUGUGGAUGUCACUGGAAUUGUUUACAUUGCAAAGAGCGAUGCAUCUCAGGUUUGCUUAGCUCUUGCAAGCCUGACUUUUGAAGAUGAGAUUGGUAUUAUUGGCAAUUAUCAGCAAAAGAAUACAAGAGUCAUAUAUGACACUAAAGAGUCUAAAUUGGGAUUUGCUAAAGAAUCUUGCAGUUUCUAUUAGAUUAGAUGGCCUAGAGGCUGCUGGUGGGGAGAGCCAAACAGCUAGUUGGCUGCUAUGAAGGAGAUUAGCCAUUUCUGUUUCAGUCAUGUAUGAUAUCCAUGAUUCCUAAUUAUUGGGAAUGGUAUAGGUAGUGUAAUUGUAUGAAAAGCCACUUGUAUUUGCUGAGCGUCCAAGUGUAAUAUAUGACACUAUGAAAUGUAGCUAGGGUUCUGGAGGCAAAAAGCUUCAAGUGCA